AUGGCGCAUAGCAUCGAUACCGACUAUUCACCUUCGUCCUUUUCACGGCUUCCAAAGAACCUUCGAUCUUCGAUAUGGGGGUUCGUACUUCCAGAUUCGAGAAUUGUAUUCUUAAAAAAGUAUGCUAUUUCUCGCUGUGAGCACGCCAUGGUCAGAGUACGCUCAGAUUUGGCUGUACCGGAUAGAUGCAAAGACGGUGCUCGCCCUGAUUCAUCCAAAAUUCUUUGCAACGGUAUGGAUGACAUACUACCGCAGGACGUCAAAGAUUUGGAAGAAGUUCGGGCACGCAUCAAGCAUGAUGGUCAAUAUUGUUUCUCAUCAAAUGCACAAAUUCCAAAUUUGUUGUUUAUUUGCAGGGAAUCAUACAGCUUCGCCAUCAUAAAAUACAAACGAGCGUUUCCGUCUGUUGGAGCUUUUGCUGAGACCUACUUCGAUUACAAAAGAGACAUAUUAUUACUCGUUGGGGAACAAGUAGUAUGUGUUUGCGGCUGGCAAUGUUGUGAACCUAUGACGGCAUAUGAGGCAAGUAAAAUUCGUCAUAUUGCUUUUCAAUAUGAACCAAUGUCAAAAGGGUCCGCAAUUUAUCAAAACGAUAAGAUAGCCAACACUUCCAAGCUUGCUAGACUAUUGUGUACGUUCUGCAAGGCCAAGAGUUUAACGAUUGUGAUUGAAAACUAUCGAAGUGACGAUCACGAGAAUGGCAUAGCCGAGAGUCAGAGAGACAGUGAGCUGGUAUUCUUCGAGCCAGUGGACAUCGGUGAAGCUCUGCGCAUGCUGCGUUCGCCUGUAACUAAACGUAGUGAUCUUUACGGAGUAUUGAUUCCUGAGCAUUCUUUACGAAAUAGAUUAGACUUCGAUAAGAAACUUCUCUACGAUCUUCAAUCAGAAGACGACGCAAAAGGCUUAAGGUGGAAAAUGCCGAGACUCAGAUGGAUAAAUCUAACGACUGCCACUUGGAUAUUUGGCUCUGCGAUUCUCGCGUUUGGCAUAAGUCUUCAUGUUCGUCGUGGAUGUAUCUGGAAUGGCAUCGAUUUUAUCCGAGUUGUGGAAUUCAUCAGUGGACCCAUCAGCGAGGCUAUUUCCCUGAUUAUCAAUAUGAUAGUAACGCUUCUCAACGAGAGCAUGGGUUAUGUUCAUAGCACAGCGCUCAGGGCUCAGGCAGUCUUUGCAACGGGAGGAACGACUCAGGUUCAACUCAAACCUCCACCUUUUUUCAAACUCGAAGAGUUCAAAGUCUAA